GCACAUUGUAGCAAUUUAAAACAACGGCAAUAAAGUGGUCAAUAAGCAGACGCUAUCCACGAAAUUUUAACGUCAAUUAAAUAAAUAAACGUAACUUGAUUUUUGUUAGAAAUAUUUCAGUUUGUUUAACCCGAGCGUCCAUAUUCUAUAUCCUGUCAGUUAGUCUUCGCCAUUCUUACGAGUCGCUCCUUCCGAGAUGUCUGACGGUUGUUAUAACUGCGGCAAGUCUGGGCAUAUGGCACGUGAUUGUACAUCGAAAAGCCGUGGUGGUGGCGGCGGCGGUGGUGGAGGAUAUCGUGGUUCAAGAGGAGGCGGUAGUGGAGGUGGAGGACGCGACGCUUGCUACAAUUGUGGUCAGACUGGGCAUUUGGCCCGUGAUUGCACGGGUGACCGAGGAUACAAUGGCGGAUAUGGCGGUGGUCGCGAUGCGUGCUACAACUGUGGUCAGCCGGGGCAUUUGGCCCGCGAUUGUACGAGUGGCCGUGGAUACAGUGGUGGAUAUGGAAGUGGUCGCGACACCUGUUACAACUGUGGUGGAACUGGACAUUUUGCUCGGGAGUGUACUGGCGGUCAGCGAAGUGGUGGUUACGGUGGUGGCGGCAGAGGUGGUGGCGGUGGUGGUGGCGGUCGUGGAUGCUACAACUGCGGGGAACCUGAUCACAUGGCCCGCAACUGCCCUAAUAGUCGCGGCGGCGAGUCAAGUGGUAUUCAGUGCUACAGAUGUCAGCAAUACGGCCAUUACGCGAGAGAUUGUGGCGAAGGUGGUGGCGGUUCCGGCGUUCAGUGCUAUAAAUGCCAAGGAUUUGGGCAUAUUGCCGCGCGUUGCGAUGCACAAGCUUAAACGCUUGUUCGUGACUUUAUUUCCCGAUAUGUACCAUUUUGAAUAUAGUGCACCUAGAGGUCCAACAACGACCCCAUCAAUUUAAUAAUGAUGUAUUUUUCAAUACGGCUUUUUUUGUCAUGAUUCGA